AUGGCUGAAUGGUUAAAGCGCCCAACUCAUAAUUGGAGAAUACUUAAUAAUACGGCAAAACAUUUAUACAAAACACCUAUCCCGAGCACACGCAAGGGAACCGUAGACAGGCAAGUGAAAUCCAAUCCACGAAAUAAUUUGAUCCAUGGACGGCACCGUUGUGGUAAAGGUCGUAAUUCCAGAGGAAUCAUUACUGCAAGGCAUAGAGGGGGAGGUCAUAAGCGCCUAUACCGUAAAAUAGAUUUUCGACGGAAUCAAAAAGACAUAUCUGGUAGAAUCGUAACCAUAGAAUACGACCCUAAUCGAAAUGCAUACAUUUGUCUCAUACACUAUGGGGAUGGUGAGAAGAGAUGUAUUUUACAUCCCAGAGGGGCUAUAAUUGGAGAUACUAUUGUUUCUGGUACAAAAGUUCCUAUAUCAAUGGGAAAUGCCCUACCUUUGAAAUCUACUUCAACCGAUAUGCCCUUAGGCACGGCCAUGCAUAACAUAGAAAUCACACGUGGAAGGGGUGGGCAAUUAGCUACAGCAGCAGGUGCUGUAGCGAAACUCAUUGCAAAAGAGGGUAAAUCGGCCACUUUAAGAUUACCAUCUGGGGAGGUCCGUUUAGUAUCCCAAAACUGCUUAGCAACAGUCGGACAAGUGGGUAAUGUUGGGGUGAACCAAAAAAGUUUGGGUAGAGCCGGAUCUAAGUGUUGGCUAGGUAAACGCCCCGUAGUAAGAGGGGUAGUUAUGAACCCUGUGGACCACCCCCAUGGGGGCGGUGAAGGGAAAGCUCCCAUUGGUAGAAAAAAACCCACAACCCCUUGGGGUUAUCCUGCGCUUGGAAGAAGAACUAGGAAAAGGAAAAAAUAUAGCGAUAGUUUUAUUCUUCGUCGCCGUAAGUAAAUACGUAACUAGGAAUAUGGAAAAUUGCAUUUUUGGAAUUUGCAAUAAUGCGAUGGGCGAACGACGGGAAUUGAACCCGCGCAUGGUGGAUUCACAAUCCACUGCCUUGAUCCACUUGGCUACAUCCGCCCCUUAUCCAGCUAAAGGAUUUUUUUCUUUUUUCCAUUGAUCAUUAAUCUAUUUAUUCUGACCUCCGUACUUCGAUCGAGAUAUUGGACAUAGAAUGCCACUCUUUAAAAAGGAAAAAAGGAGUAAUCAGCUGUGACACGAAAAAAAACGAAUCCUUUUGUAGCUCAUCAUUUAUUGGCAAAGAUAGAAAAGGUCAAUAUGAAGGAGGAGAAAGAAACAAUAGUAACGUGGUCCCGGGCAUCUAGCAUUCUACCCACAAUGGUUGGCCAUACAAUCGCGAUUCAUAAUGGAAAGGAACAUAUACCUAUUUACAUAACAAAUCCUAUGGUAGGUCGCAAAUUGGGGGAAUUCGUGCCUACUCGGCAUUUCACGAGUUAUGAAAAUGCAAGAAAGGAUACUAAAUCUCGUCGUUAACUGAAUUCUGAAUAGAAAGAUUAA